AUGGUGAGUCUGGCCCUGCUCUUGCUCGUGGCUGUGUGUGUGCUGUCCUCGGGGGUGUGGCUCUGGGCCAUCUGCACCCACUUCCUCAGGGAAGAUGUCCCGGCGGGUAUCGGCCACCCCGUGAAAAUGCGGGUUCUCUCUUGUCUUAUACAGCUGGUGAUAACCUGGGGCUUGGUUUUUGAGAAGCUGGGGAUCUGUUCGAUGCCCCAGUUUGUCCGUUUCAUACAUGACCUGAGGGUGCCAAAGAAGGACCCGGAUGUCCUGGUCACGGAUCUCCGCUUCGGGACCAUCCGGGCGAAGCUGUACCAGCCCAAGGCAUCGUCCAGCACCCCCAGGCCCGGCGUUGUGUUCUACCACGGUGGCGGCACCGUCAUGGGGAGCUUGAGAACCCACCACGGUGUGUACUCCUAUUUGUCCAAGAAGAGUGACGCCGUGGUCCUGGCUGUCGGAUACCGAAAGUCACCCAAGUACAAGUUCCCGGUCAUGGUGAGAGACUGCAUGGCCGCCACCGUCCAGUUCCUGAAGUCCCUGAACGCGUACGGCGUGGACCCAGCACGAGUCGUGGUCGCUGGUGACAGCGUGGGAGGGGGCGUGGCAACGGUGGUUUGUCAGACCUUCCUCAACCGUCCGGAUCUGCCCCGGAUUCGGGCUCAGGUUCUGAUCUACCCUGCUCUCCACGCCCUGGACUUCCAGUCCCCUUCCUUUCAGCAGAAUGAGAAAAUCCCCCUGCUCACGUGGCAUUUGGCUUUCUACUGUCUAUGCUGCUACCUGGAUAUCAACCCUUCCUGGCAGAGCACCCUCAAGAAGGGCGCCCAUCUACCUGCCAAAGUCUGGGCGAAGUAUGACAAGUGGCUGGGCUCAGAAAACAUCCCCGAGCGAUUUAAGAAGAGAGGCUACCAGCCCGUGCCCCGGGCGCCCCUGAACGAAGAUGCUUACCUGGAGACCAGGGUCCUCCUCAAUUUGAUGUGCUCGCCCCUGAUCGCCGAGGACAGCGUCAUGUCUCAGCUCCCGGAAGCCUGCAUCGUGAGCUGUGAGUACGAUCUUCUCCGGGACCACUCCCUGCUGUACAAGAAGAGGUUGGAAGACCUGGGGGUGCCGGUGACUUGGCACCACAUGGACGAUGGUUUCCACGGAGUGCUCAACACCAUCGACCUGGGCUUUUUGCACUUCCCGUGCUCCAAGAGAAUCCUGAAUCUCGUGGCCCAUUUUAUCCGGGGGCUGUGA